AUGUUCCCUGUGGCGCUGCCUCUGCUGCUCGCCGCGGCCGCCCUAGCCGCCUGGUUCUGGGGGCAGCUGAGGCGCCCUCCGGGAUUCCCGCCAGGUCCGACGUGGUUUCCCCUGGUGGGCAACUACCCUGGCGUCCGUCAGCUGAGCAAGAAACUGGGAUCGCAGUACCAGGCGUUCACAUAUCUCGCCCAGAAGUACAAGUCGCCCGUGGUGGGCCUUCGUCUGGGCGGUGACCUAACCGUCAUCGUCUCCACCAGAAGCCUCAUACGAGAGGUGCUCACGCGACCAGAGUUUGAAGGACGGCCCCAGAACUUCUUCGCGUACCUGCGCAGUCUGGGUCUGAGAAAGGGAGUAACGUUGGUGGACGGCAAGCUGUGGCAGGAGCAACGCGCCUUCGUGAUGCGUCACCUGCGCUCGCUGGGCUUCAGUGGGGCUGCCAUGCAUGCUCAGGUGGGGAAGGAGGUGCGCGCCCUGUUAGACGUACUGAGCAAUAGCCGUGGAAGGCCGACACAACUCAAUAAGCUGCUGGCGCCCUCCGUGCUCAACGUCAUCCUCCAAUUCUGUGCUGGAUACCGCUUCCCACACGGUGACCAGCACCUGCAGACGCUGCUUGACAUUCACGCGCGUACGCGCGCCUUCGACAUGGCUGGAGGUAAACUCAGUGCCAUGCCAUGGUUGCGUUUCAUCCAGCCUGAGGCAUCGGGUUACAAUGCAAUCACAAAGUUCAAUGAGAUGGCGUGCGCCUAUUUUUUGAAAAUUAUUGAAAACCAUAAGGCAGCAUAUACGCCUGGGAAGAAGAGAGAUCUCAUAGACGCAUUUUUGUCCAAAAUGGCAAAAGCAAAAAAGGAACAAAAUGAUAACACAACAUUUACAGAGAGCCAGCUCCUCAUGCUGUGUUACGACAUGUUUACUGCUGGUGCAGAAACGACAAGCAACUCUCUUCGAUUUGCUUUCCUUAUGAUGUUACGGCAUCCUGACGUCCAGGAACGAGUGCACAAAGAGAUAAAAGAAGCAGUUGGUACUGACAGACUCCCAACUCUCGAGGACAAAGAGAGAUUGGUUUACACCAGAGCUGCACUGGCGGAAUCAAUGAGAAUGUGUCAUGUCGUACCAACACGUGGAUAUCGACGGGUGCUCGAGGACACCACGCUACAUGGCUGUAGACUUCCAGAGAAUACAGUUGUCCUGGUAAAUAUCUGGGCGCUGCAUAUGGAUGAAGACCACUGGGGUGAUCCCGAAGUGUAUCGACCAGAGCGUUUCAUUACUGAAGCUGGGAAGUUUAGAGAGGAUGAUGCGUUCUUACCAUUUGGUCUUGGUCGUCGUCGAUGUUUGGGAGAGCAUUUGGCAAAAUGUUGUUUAUUUCAAAUGUUUACCGGAAUCUUGCAAAAAUUUCAACUUCUUCCAGCUGAUAGUACUAACCUGAAGUACUCUACUCUUGAGGGCGUUACCCUUGCACCAAAACCUUAUGACAUUAUUUUCAAAUCUCGGUAA